ACGCUGACCGAUGCAGACAUGGUUUUCGAAGAAAAUAUGGAUAAUUUGGUAAAGGAGGGAACUCUAAUGAAAAUAAUAGCAGCGUCACUGAGAGUUUGUAAGGAUGGUUUUUGCGCUAGCCAAGAAUUGUUUUUAAAAGAUAAUCAACUCAAGCAGCAAGUGCCGCAAUCUUUACUAACUUCUCCAACAUCUUCGGACGGAUCAUCUUACUCACCGUCAAAUCUGAAUCCAUUCGGAUCAUCACCAGAUCUUCUACGCGGACCUCUGCUCUUUCCACCGCAAUCACCAGCAGGCACAAGUUCACCGCCAGAUACAGCGAAUUUUGCGGCGAAUGCUGCAGUAGCCGCUUCUCUGAUCGCGGCACCCGUGGCUAUUAACCCCACCUCAACGGCAUUCCCGUUCCCGUUGGUCACCAAUGAAUCGUUGUUGACCCUUCUUGCCAACUAUAAGUUGCUUGAGCAAAACACAACGGAAAUUUCUUCUUCUGAGCCUAUGGACACUCAAAUCAACUCCAUAAUUGAUGUAUGUAACGUUUGA